AUGGCUAAAAUAGCGAGUGUUGAUUUCGAAGUCCUUGACGCUGCUGGCAAGAAUUAUUUGAGUUGGCAUGUGGACCUGAAGUUCCACUUACGUGCUCAGGGCUUAUUAGCCACAAUUUCAACUCCUGCUCCACCGGCUCCGGCCACUGUUAUGUGUAAUGCUGUAAAUAAUACUGAGGUUGCUACUACAGUGAUCGUCUCUGAUAUAGAUAAGGCGAAAGCCAUUAUCUACAUCAGGAGACAUAUUGAUCGGACCCUGAAGGCCGAAUACCUGACUGUAGAGGACCCAAAGGAAUUGUGGACUGCACUUGAGGACCGAUACAAACAUCAGAAAGAUGUGAUCCUCCCACGUGCACGUUAUGAGUGGGAAAACCUCCGACUUCAGGACUUUAAGUCCGUAGCUGAGUACAACUCAGCACUUCAUAAUAUCACCUCACGCCUGAAGUUGUGUGGUGAAGAAGUUUCGGAGGAACGCAUGUUGGAGAAGACUUACACAUCCUUCCACGAGAAGGAUGCAAUCCUCAUGCAACAGUACCGCGAACGAAAGUUCAAAAAGUAUUCUGAAUUGCACUCCACCCUCUGA